GGAAGUAGUGAAGCUGUUAUCCACGCUGCAAGCUUGGGCCACACGUUUAGUUAGAAAUGUUACUUUGACCGUCACUAAAAUUGACAGAGCGCAUUGGACCCAUAGCGACGUGGACCCAUUUCAUACAAGGAACAGUUACAAAAUGAGUGCUAACCGACAUUAUUCACGACAGUAUUCACGUGUGGCCCGCGCGGGUCACCCCUCCUUACCGACACCGUCUUUCUAAACGUCAGUCUUUAUUGUUUUCAGCCAUUUCUUACGGGUAACGGCUGUUCCCUUUCCCACAUAAGCAGCGGACCCUCCGAGCAGAGGGACGGGGGCCCAGAGGCUGACAUGAACCCCCCGAAGCGGCUCCGCACCACGAUAGACUGUACCGCAGAAGACGAAGCGGAAACGGUGACAGGAGAGCGGGAGGAGGGGAGGAGGAGUGUUGUGGACGUGAGUAUUGUCAUGCCAGUGUACAAUGCAUCCUGUUGGCUGGAUGAAUGUCUGCAGGCCAUAUUACACCAAGACUUCACAGGAACCAUGGAGCUCUCCGUCUUUGACGACGCAAGCACUGAUGACUCUAGGAAAGUGGUGGAGGGUUGGAGGGAGAGGCUGGAGGGCAGGGGCGUCUCAUUAGUGAUCUCCGGUCACGUCUCUGCCCAUCCCAGAGGAGUGGGAUAUGCAAAGAAUAAGGCAACAUCUCAGAGUUGUGGACAAUACCUGUGCUUUCAGGAUGCGGAUGACGUUAUGUUGCCUCAAAGAGUUCGAUUGCAGUAUGAGUCGUCUGUCCUCCACCCAAACUCUCUGAUUGGCUGUAAAGUUCAGAGGGUUCCAGAAGGAUCUACUGAGCGUUACACUCGCUGGAUCAACACAAUCACUCCGGAUCAGCUCAUCACACAGGUGUACACGUCUCACGGACCCACAGUCAUCAUGCCAACAUGGUUCUGCUCAAGGAACUGGUUCCUGAAAGUCGGAUCGUUUGACGAGGGAGGCAAGGGAGUCCCAGAGGACUUGCUUUUCUUCUACCAGAGUAUUCGUCAAGGAGGGGGCGUGGCCAGAGUCGACCAGUGCCUGCUGGUGUACCGUUACCACGAGAAGGCCGCCACACACUCUGUUACCGAGGAAACUAUGUGGAAACUGCGAGUUGACUUCCUGCAGGAGAGAGUUCUCAGCCAAUGGGAGAGCUUCACCAUAUGGAACGCUGGGAAACAGGGCCGGAAGUUGUACCGAUGUCUCAGCCCGACCAAUCAGAAGAAGGUGAAGGCUUUCUGUGAUGUUGAUGAGAACAAGAUCCAGAAAGGCUUUUACACAUACGAGGAAUCCAAGCAAAGACCCAAGCCAAAAAUCCCAGUUCUACACUACAAAGACGCCUCCGCCCCCUUCAUUAUCUGUGUCAAACUGGACAUGACAGGAGGCGUUCUGGAGGAAAAUCUCAACUCUUUGCAGCUGAAGGAAGGAAUAGAUUACUACCAUUUCAACUGAUUGCUCGGGUGAUGUAGAGAAGACAAGAGGUGUCCUGCUGCUUUAACGGGCUCAGAGGAAUGUAGAAGACUGGAUUACUCGCACACAUAAACGCGAACUGAGCGAUAGGCAGAGUCAGUGACAAUACAAAGACAAAGAAAAGAGAAGGUUAUAAUGUGUUUUAAGUGUUAAAAGACGCUUUUUAUGUGUGGGAAAGAAUGUGGAAAUGUUCAAGUUCUCAAAGUUUUACUUGGCAAAGUUUACAGAAAGGCUGAUAAAUUUACAGCAGCACAUCCCAGCCAUGACUGCUCAGCCUCUCACCUGAACCUCAGCACGUGGAUAGUUUCUGCUGAUGAGAAGACUGAUACCUCUCUCAUAUCUGUCCAGUAAAUACAAGGCUACAGUCAGGAGACGCUUAGCUUCGUUUAGCACAAAGACUGGAAACAGGGAAACAUCUAGUCUGCCUUUGUCCAAAGGUAAAAAACUGCCUAACACAACCUCUGAAGCUCACUAAUUAACAUGUUGCAUCAUGUUUUUUUAAUGCAUACAAAAAACUAAAUGUAAAAAAUGUCAAAUUUUUUUGGGCUUUAUAUGUCUAUGCUCUUAUAUGACUAAUUUUUGGUUGGGCUUAAGAGGUGCUUGUAGCUUCAUAUUUAACUGACAAUGGCGUUGUCUAAUGAUAAGCAAGAAAGUGAAUAUGCAUAUUUCCCAAAAUGUCCAACUGUUCUUUUUAAAAGCUUGAACAUGGGUGUUUAGGGUAAUAGAAGUAACCAUAACGUGACCUAGAGUUAAAAGUUGUGGCACAAAAGAAAAAGUGGAGAGAUGUUUUGGUAAUUGAAUUACAAAGAAAUUAAAUUAUUUUACUAUUUGGAAACUUCUAUUUAUCACGCGAGAAGACAUGACCAUUGCCACUGUUGACCAACUGAAGAAUAAAAUGUCAUGUUUUCUAA